CGCGGCGGCGGGGGGCAGAGAGAGAGAGGCGUUUGUGCCCUCCUUCUACUUGGAUUUCCUCCCCCCGGCUUUUUUGGCCUUCGGUCGGUGCCUGAUCGCGGGCGGCGAAGCGGCAGCCGCGAGAGGACUGAGCGACGACGGGCGGUUCUCUCUCCAUCGCCGCCUCUUCCUCCUCCUCCUCCGGAGUCGGCGACGGGCGGCUCUCGGCGGCUCGCUCUUCUCGCCCGGGUCGGGAUUGCGACGACGACGACGCCUCUCCUCCAUGCCGGCGCUCAGGACCCGGUGAAGCCGGCUGGGGCGCGCUCGCGGGCGGGGGGCUGCUGCUGCUGCUGCUGCUGCCCGGGAUCUGCCUCGUUGUGGACGUCGCCUCUUCCUCCUCCUCCUCCUCCUCCUGCCUUCCUUCUGGGCGCCGCGGAGUUGGCGAAGCUUCGGGACAAGAGCCGGCGGCGGCGGCGGUGGUGGCGGCGGCGCCCCCGACCAUGGUAGCGCGCCGGGGGGGAUCCCCGCUCGGGAGGUGCUGCUGGGCCAUCUGGGUGCUGCUGUGCCGGACGGCGCUGGCCAGCUCGCUGGUGCUGGAGCCCAUCUACUGGAACUCCUCCAACUCCAAAUUCCAUCCUGGACAAGGACUGGUACUAUAUCCAAAGAUAGGAGACAAACUGGAUAUUAUAUGCCCAAAGGUGGACUCUAAAACUGGUGGCCAGUAUGAGUACUAUAAGGUCUAUAUGGUUGAUAAAGACCAAGCAGAUAGCUGCACUAUUAAAAAGGACAACACACCUCUGCUCAACUGUGCCAAGCCUGAUCAAGAUGUUAAGUUUACCAUCAAGUUCCAAGAGUUCAGCCCUAACCUCUGGGGUCUGGAAUUUCAGAGAAACAAAGAUUAUUACAUCAUAUCAACAUCCAAUGGAUCACUGGAAGGCUUGGAUAACCAGGAGGGAGGGGUGUGCCAGACAAAAGCCAUGAAGAUCCUAAUGAAAGUUGGACAAGUUCCCAAUUCUGGUGGGUCCCCAAAUAAUGCUGAUCCAACUAAACGCCCGGAACAGGAAGCUGGUACCAACGGGAAAAGCUCUACAACAAGUCCAUUUGUAAAGGAUCACGCAGGUCCUAACUCAGAUGGGAACAAAGCUGGACAUUCCAGUAUCCUUGGUUCAGAGGUGGCCUUAUUCGCAGGGAUAGCUUCAGGGUCCAUCAUAUUCAUCAUCAUCAUCAUCACUCUGGUGGUUCUGUUGUUGAAGUACCGAAGGAGACAUCGGAAGCAUUCGCCACAGCACACGACAACUCUGUCUCUUAGUACGUUAGCUACUCCUAAGCGCAGUGGGAACAACAAUGGGUCUGAACCCAGUGACAUUAUCAUUCCCCUGAGGACUGCAGAUAGUGUUUUUUGCCCUCACUAUGAAAAAGUCAGUGGUGACUAUGGACAUCCAGUGUACAUAGUUCAAGAGAUGCCCCCUCAGAGUCCAGCAAACAUUUAUUACAAGGUCUGAUGAACACUCAGUGUGGUACCUUCUGGAACUCUGUCUAUCUCUCUCUCUCUCUCUCCUGUCAGAUGCUGUUCAUGACACGGGGGAGCUAUGAUGAUGAGCCCCUGUGCUGGUUACAGGACCAGGUGCAGUGGAGGGAGCACCAAAUCCCACCCUGUUACAGAGAGCCAUUUUGAGAUGGACAGCUUCUCUAGCCUGUAGAAACUGCUCUGUUUCGGUGAACAAGCAUUUACUUGGAAACUGGAAGGAUUUACGUAGAAGAUACCCCGCUGUUCAUUCAUCACCUUCUAAGCCAUGUGCUGCAGGCAUUCAGGCACAUCCAAAAAAAGAUGUAGCAACUCAUGGGUGCUAAUGGUUUUAAGCAUUCUGGGAAGAAGUCUUCAGUCACCAAGUUUGAAACGCAGCCCUGUGACUUUGUGUGUACAUGCUUCUCUUGUAGUGCUUAUGGAUUUGUCAUACAGACCUUGGCUUUUAAGUAAGACUUUUGAUCAUUUUCUUGCUUUCAAUCUGUCCCUGUUGUGUUUUUACUUCAACUGGGUAGCAUUCUGGCAUCCUUCACUUGAGAAUUCUUUCAUGCCACAUCCUGCAUUGCUAUUGGAAAGCUUAAUGUUUUUUAUCCAUUUCAUACUCUUUGAGGUAGCUUCACUUGAAUGGAUAAUGCUUUGGGAGAAACUGGGCUUUCUUAGUAGGGAAUCUUCUAGCCAAGUGCUGGCUUGCCUGUUGUGUAAAGGACAUGGGAUAAGUGGCACAUGGAGAAAGAGAGAGGGAAGAAGGGCUGAUAGAGCACUAAGGCCUCUGGAAUUUCAACUGGACGUAGCCAGACAGUUUAGGUAGCACAGCACUUUGAUAUCUGGAGUUCUAAGGGGCAACUUAAACACAGCAAACACAAACAGCUGUUUGAGGCCUGUUCUUGAAGGAUACCAAGGUUAUUCUCAAAUAGCAACUUGCAGGAGAAAAUAGUUCUCUCCUUCAAAGUAGGGUAAGUAAAUGCCCAGUGCCCAGAAGACGAGAUAGUAGAAGGCCUCUGGUGACAUAUUAGGGCAGGACUGCUAUGGUACUGUACCAGCAAUAAGAUAUACAGCUUUGAGCUAGCUAUAGCAAAAUCAUUGUCUGCUUCAGAUGACAUCUGUCUUUGUUGGUUUGUUUUUGUUUUUAAAGCAGACUCAGCUGCUAUACGUAUUACAUUUUAUCUAAUCACAGGGAAAACAAGUGUUUAAGAAAACUUUUAACAUCUGACAUGGAAAAAAAAAUCACAAGCUCAACAGUUAAGAGGGCUAUAAUUCCAUCACUAAAAAUAAAAGCAUUCACAUCUCUAAAAAUUGUUCAGGAUUUUCCUCUUUUUUUUCCUCCAAUCGAGCCUUUUGACAUACUGGUUUCUGGCAGUGCCUUUGCGAUAUAGACCCAUAGCGUCCACUGCUGUUACUGGGGUGUUCUCUUUCAGAAUUAAAGCACACGUGGUAAGCUGCUUACAGCCCAUAAAGAUGCAACACAUUUAGACACAAGAGAGGGGGAAGUAAGGUAUGACUUAUUUAUAAUAGGUGUAUAGAACCCAAGGGAUAUAAGUAGCAGAUUUUCUUAUGAUUACUAAUAUAUAUCUAUAAUAUUUGAGAUUGCACAGAAUCUAUACCAGAAGAUGUGAAAAUCAUCUGUGGCAAUUAAAUUAAUCUUAAAAUUGCCAGCAUUAGAACAAAUUAAUUGGGCAAUUAUGUCUUGGGUAGUGGGAAUAGUUUCAUUCCCAAAAAGGACAAUAUGGAGAGGAAAUGUAAAAACAAUAACCGAGCCCUCUAAGCUAUCUUGCGUAACUAGUAGAGUAGGAAAUCCAACCCCCAGAAUCAUGGAAUCAGUGUGACUGCAUCAUAUAUUUCAAGGAUAUCUUGAUGUGGGUUCUCUUUUGUGCUUUUGUUUGUUUGUCCCCCCAUCCCCGCCCCGCCCCCCCCCGCACUUUCCCUUGCCUUAGGAGAUGGAGUCUUUGAGCUGGUCACAAAUAGGAAAGUUUCAGUAUAAAGUUUCUGCUUGAAGCAUGUUUGUUGUCCUGCCUCCAACCUCUCUGUACCCUGGGGGGAAAUGAAUCUACUUUUUUAUGUGCUAUGCAAAAUAGAGGUCUUUUCACAUAGUCCUGUUCCCAUAGCAACACUUCACUUUCUGGACUGGAAAGAAAUGUAACUACCGUGUUUUAAGGGUCUCAAACCUCCACUGAGCACGUGCAAAAAUGUACUGUCAUAGAAAUGAUUACUUUCUGUAUUUUCUGAACCUGAAAAUGAUGUUGGUCGAAGAAGGAGAGACGGAAGGGAGGGGAAAGUGGAGAAGAAGCAAGGUUCUGUGGGAGGUUACCAUGGUAACUAACUACAGUGUAGAUGUAGUUCUUUCCUGAAGCCUUCUUCUCUGUGAAUCCAUCCAUGCAAGUUUUUUCUUGUAAGUCAUUAAGCUUUUUAUUUUAGGGGAUGGGGGGGAUAAAUGGGCUUUGUUUUGUUUUAUUGCCCCCCCCAAUCCCUCAA